AUGUCAGAUGGAUGCACAGGCAAGCAGAUUGAGCUGAAGACUGUUCGUGUUGGAGAUGAUGUACACCUGACAUGUCCCCGCAUAGGUUCAGGAACCUUGUUUUGGAUCAGGCUUGUUUCGGGAAACCUUCCUAAAAUCUUAGGAAAAACAUAUAGCUACGAGCCUGAUCCUCGCAUUACAGCCACUGAGGGGCAUGGAACAUUUGAUCUGCAUAUUGGAAAAGCAAAGCUAAGUGAUGCGGCAGUUUACUACUGUGUGAAAACACAACAAGGAGAAUUAAUAUUUUUAGAAGGAACAGACCUGAGAGUUGAAGGACCACAACCUGUUACCACUGCAGUCCCUACAUCUAAUCCAGUCCACCCAGAAGACUUUGUGACUCUCCAGUGUUCAGUCCUUUCAGACUCUGAGAACAAAACACAUCUAGAAGAAAAGUGCAUGUACUGUUUUAGAGCUGGAUCACAUCAGUCUCUCCCAAGUUUUAAUUAUACUCAAGGAGACAGUGUUUAUGAAAAUGAAAUGAACCCAGAGGGAGUCUCAACAAAGAAAUGUAUCCACAGCUUCUUGAAGAACAUCAGCUGCUCUGAUGCUGGGACUUAUCACUGUGCUGUGGCCAAAUGUGGAGAGAGAUUCUCUGAAAAUGAAAGAAAACUGGAUGUUGAAGCAGUCAACAUAUGGGAUUCUCACAGGGUCAACACACUUUUGCUUCUCUUGUGUGUUGCUUUAGCUAUAACUCUGAUUGCUUUAGCUUUCCUCAUUCAUUCCAUAAAGGCUUAUGAUUGUUGCAAUGGUAAGGGAACAUUUCUUAUACGUUGUUUUACUUGGAAAGAGUUAACUUCAUUUGAUUCACAUUAGCACUGAUCACAAGUUAACCAAAAGAACAGUUGCUUGGUAAU